CCAUGGGUUUAGCCCUUAACGAGGAAAAAAAAGAGCAAAAAGCCAUUGAAUUUUAUCAACUAAUGUCUAGUUUACGCUUUAUUCCCAGCACUCCCACCCUUUUUCAUUCCGGGCUAAAAAGAGCCCAAUUAACCAUUGGGGCUUCGGUCAAAAGCAUUAAUAUAGAAACCUCCGGGAUGAUAAGUUUUUUAAAAGGUGCCGAAGUUACUACUCAUAUGAUUAGCCGUUCCGGACGCCGCCGCGGGGCGACCGCCGCUUACCUGGAAGUAUGGCACUUAGAAAUUGAGGAUUUUUUAGAUUUACGCCGCAAUGUCGGCGAUGAAAGAAGAAGAACCCACGACACUCCCGAUUUGCAUCAUAUUUACGGGCUAAAAUUUGCCGAGCGUUACCUUUACUAUGAACAAGAAUUUCAAGUAGGGAAAAUUAAACUGGCUAAGCAAAUUAAGGCUUUUGAACUUUGUAAUAUUCGCUCUCCCCAGGACCAUUGCGGGGUAGUCCAUUCCUCUAACCUUUGUACUGAAAUUACUCUUAAUACUUCGGAAAAAGAAACCGCGGUCUGUAAUCUUGGUUCGGUUAACUUGGCCCGCCACCUAAAAAAGGAAAACCAGCCAAUUCAAACUGAAAUAGCUGCUGUUGAAAAAAUACUCCACCAAACAAGAUUAAAUUUAUCUCAACUGACUGACGAAAAUAGGGGAAAAAAAAUCCCAGUAGCCAAAUUUGAGUUAGAAGCAAAAUUACUGGCACUAAAAAAACAAUUACAAUUUGAUGAUAAUUUGUUACAGGAAACCAUUACUUUGGCUAUUCGCAUGCUUGAUAAUGUUAUUGACCUGAAUUCUGAAUUAUUUACUGAACUUUGUCCGGAGGCGGAGUAUGCUAAUUCCCAGCAUCGACCAAUCGGCUUAGGCAUGAUGGGCUUUCAGGAUGCUCUCUUUGAAUUAGCUAUUAAUUAUAAUUCCCCCGCCGCCUUAAAAUUUACUGAUGAACUAACCGAAAAAUUUUCCUAUUAUGCUUUGGCAGCCUCUUGCCAAUUAGCCGAAGAACGAGGAACCUACGCCAGUUAUCGGGGUUCUAAAUGA